GUAACCAAAAGUGGUCUGUUGAUAAUUGUUUGUGUUUCUGUUGGUCAGAGGGAGCAAGCGCACGGUGUUAAAUAAAUGGGGACAAGAGAUAUGAAUUGUUUUACUCUCAAUAAAAGGGUUCAAUUGAAAGGAGUGAUUAUUAAAGUAGCGGUAAAUGUGAAAGUUGACCAACUGAAGGGGAUGUUUGUUUGGUGCGAAUCAGACCGGGUGGCGUGAGUGGUGAAACAGUAGAGCCGUUGUCUGUUCUUUUGAGUUUUGAUGUUGAGUCUUUGCCCGACAAAGUGAUGUUAAGAUAUGUUAUCCUGUACGAGCUUUUGUGCCGAAAUCCAUUUCGUUGUUACAGGUGUCAAGCUUAUGGGCAUGUUGUAGGAGUGAGGUUCCUAGGUGUGAGAAUUAUGCAGAAGGACAUGAGGGAAAGGAAUGUGUAACAUUGGGGGAAAGUAGUGGUAUGUGUUAAUUGUAGGGGUGCCCAUGGGACUGGGGAUCAGAAAUGUCUGCUGUGAGAAAGGCAGGUUGAGGUUUCCAGGGUAGAGUAGAGGACACUGCCUCGUAUGCUGAGGCAGUGAAGAAAGUUUAGGAAGAUGGGGUCAAAGGGGAUGGAUCCUGAGAUGAGUAGUGUUGUUACUAGUAGAUCUGUACCAAUACAGAGGAAAAUACCAAUAUGUGAUGUGUUUCAGUAAGAUUGCAUUUUUAGCUUUUAUUGCAAUGGUUAUUAACUGUACUGGAGGGAUGGAACGUAAGUCGCAGAAAAGUAAGGUUGGGUUGUGGUGGCACAGAGAGGUAUUUGGGUGUACCAGGCUUGACGUCAGAAGAGUUACAGGGUGUGUUGCGUGGUGGUGUUCAGUCCUUUCAGACUGUUGGCCUGAGGUAGUACUAGAUAUAUUUAAAUAGCGUAGUAGGGUGGUGGAUUUUUUUGUGUUCGGUUAGAUGGCAACGGUAUUUGUUUGUUUAUUUAUUUUUAAAUUCUCAAGCAAGGUUUAGUGGAGUUUUACUCCCUUCUAGUAGGUGGCGGUAAUGCAACAUUUAUUGGAUGCCAACCUCCGUUAAACCUCAUCAAAGAAUACGUAUGUAUGUUAUUUACGAUGAGCAGUUCCCCACAUUUAGGGGAAUUAUGUGUUUUCAACAGAGGAUUAAGGGUAUAAUCAUUAGUCCAAACAAUUGCAAAACGAAACGAGAGUUUAUUGGAUCAAUUCAGCUGAAUCCACAAUAAACGACAAGUAGUGCUGUUGCUUCUGAUUGGGUUAUUUAAUCAUCAACAUUUAACGUGAGAGAUGGCGCACACGGAAGGACUGGAAAAUGCCAUGGGAGAGUGUUCAGGAAAACAGGGCUCGACUCUUGGCCUGAGAAGUCGACCAUGCUCCAGCGAAAGAGAUGGCCAGGUCCGCGUUGUUAAAGCCUCGCUUCAGAAGAGACUCGGACCUUACGAGCCGGUGUUGACCUACCUACAGUCCGUUCUGGUGUGGGAAAGGCCGUUUCAGAGUGUGCUACUCUUCACAGUGGUCAACGUUGUUUUCUGGUUCUUUGCCCUGACCUCGCUGCGCCUGCUCUUCCUGCUGUCCUCUGGCCUGGUUGUAUUCAUCUGCGUUGACAGCUGGAGGAACAAGAUCUGGCCUGAGAUCAGAGUUAAAAAACCUGAUGAGUCUGAAAAUGAAAGCUGGGGCCUGGUGCAGCCAGGGGUGCUCAGUGUUCCAGAGCUGUGUCACCACAUUGCUGAGGUCUGGGUCUCUGGGCUGGCCUUCACAUCCAGCCUGGUGCAGUUCAAACGCCACAACCCUGGCAAGUUCUGCCUCCUGACCUGUGCCCUCUUGACCUGUCUGGUCAUGGUUGGACGGUACAUUCCUGGACUGGUGCUCUCUUACUCUGCAGUGCUGGUUGUUCUGCUGUGCCCCCUGGCAGCGUACCACCGAGUGUGGCAGCGUGUGUGCAUGAAGUUGGAGCCGGCCCUGCAGUGGCUGGACUUCAGCGUUCGCGGGUAUAUGAUGUCAAAGCCCAUCGACAACCAGUUCCUCCGGAAGCCAAUUCGGGGUGCAGCAUCCGGUGAUGCCAGUGACAGUGAGGAGGAGCUUGCUGCAUUCUGCCCGACGUUUGACGAUGCUAUAGUGGCCAAAGAACUUGCGAUGACGGACUCUGAGCACUCUGAUGCUGAGGUCUCGUACACAGACAAUGGGACCUUUAAUCUGUCCCGUGGCCAGACUCCUCUCACAGAGGGCUCAGAAGAUUUUGAUAGACACAGUGACAAUGAGGAGUCGUUUGCACGAGACCUCAAUGACUUCCCCUCCAUCAACCCAGACGCCACCCUGAUGGACGACGACGACGACUCCUGCAUCGGGCUGCCCAGCCUGGGUCUUCGGUCUGGGCGGACUGGCCCCCGAACCACGGCCGAGCUGCUGGAUGUGGAAUCCCACCUGGACUCUGACCAGGACGACCUGGACGAGGAGCUCUCCUUCGGCGGCCUCCCCCCUGCUUCUGACUUCCUCGGAGGUGACCUGGCUGGAAUCAUCGCUAGCAACAUGAUUCAGGCGGCAUUGGCUGGUGCCAUGCAGCCUCGUCCCCCUGCCGCCCGCAGAGAGAGGGUGGGGCCCACCAGAGCAGGGGCCCAUAGGGGCUACCGCAAGCAGUCUAGCUCGGAGCUGGACACAGACUUGGACGGAGAGGACUUUGAGAUGCUGGACCAGUCGGAGCUGAACCAGAUGGAUUCCUUUGGGGGUGCAGGAGGACGGGGAGGAGGGCAGGGUGGGGGACAGGGGUCCAGCUUCCUCUCCAACCUACUGGGGAAACCACAGUGAGGCGCCUCUACCUGUGCAUAACAAUCAAACUUAAGUAUUUGUGUGUGAUUGAGUGAUUGGAAUGUUUAUGGAUUGUUCUGACUGCGUGUAUGUGUGAGUCAUUUAAUCGUAGGAUCCAGCAGCCAGGCUCCUGAUUGGCCUCAGUUGAUAUCACUGUGAAGUACUUCUGAUUUCUAUCUCACUUUUCAAUUUCUUCCUUUAGUCUGUAGCUUGUAUGUGUAAGCCACCAUCAUCCAGAAAGUCUUCUUUUGCAGGCUGAGCAAUAGGAAAUGCAAUGUAAAAAAACUCCAUCUGUUUUUGAAACGGCAUUACAGAACCACUUCUCUGUCCUGUCAUCCAGCAUGCCCGAGUGAGUUAUACGUUUUUUUUUUAAGUCGACCACUAGGUAGUAUACACAUUUCCUAAAAUGCUAGACACACAGGGCUAUUUAAUAUGGGACCAAGUAUGACAUUCCUGUUGAUUAGUGAAGUUUUACAACUGCAAUGACCUUGUUUUGAAUAGUUUUAGCAAUAUCUGACUGGUACUCUCUUAGUAAAAACCACUGCUUUCAUUUUAAGACACUCAUUCUCUAUUAGAAACAAAGUAAAUAUUAACGGUGAUUUUUUUUUUGAUCAUUCUUGAUUGAGAGAUUAAUUUGUUUCGAGUCUGAAAUCAUUGUUUUAAAGAAAGGGGAUUGGCAUUUUAGUUGUGUUUUACUGUCUCCACCCCCCCCCCCCCCCCCCCAUGAAUGUUUCUUCCCAAACCAUUGGUCCUGUUUUGUUUGCUGUACUUCUGGGUAGAUCCGUGAACGUAGUGUUGCCUCCUGUGUUCUCCAUGUGUCUUGAAUGAGCAGUCAUGGGCUAUUUAGAUCUUUUUGUCUUUGUCAUCACAAUAAGUAACUUUAUCAAGUUAACCUGCUCCUUUGUAUCCCUUCUCUCGUGGCAUUCCCAAUCCCUAUCACCAUCUUCACUCAUUUUUGCCGAUCCUUCUCAGAGGAGAAUCUGUAGAAUAUACAUGCAUAUGUAAGAAGUACAGAAUAUAAACCUUUUAGUUUAACCUCUAAACUCAUGCAUGAACCACAUUUUGUAAACGUCUUAAGAAAAUCAUCAGGAAAACGUGUUUACAUUGAUGGGUGAACAAAAUGCUGGUAUACAAAACUCAACCUGAUUAGCCUUUUUUUUAAAGUGUGAAUAUGUAAAGGAGAAUAUGUAAUAUUGUCUUUUAAAAACUAGGGUGCAGUAAAUGUUAGCCUAUUUCUUUUCUUUUUUUUGUGCAGGUCAGCAUGAUUAACCUGCGAUGGGCAAACAAGCUCCUGCUGCUUUUGUCUUUUCAUGGACACAAUCUAAUAAAUAGGAGUGGUGAUUCUUGGUCAAUGAAACUGAAAUGACCCACAGAUGGGUUUUUGCUGAAGUAGCUGGAUCAACAAUGCUGGUUUAUAUAUAUCUGUGACAAAUUGCCCAAUAACGCGAUUUGUGUGGUAUAGAAAAUCAUGAAUGUGGGAUUACUUACAAUAGAACUUCUAGAUCCCUCUGAUCAUGGACAUGGCCCAGAAAACAAUCUGUCUGAUCUGAAAAGGUUUGGGAUUUUAAUUCAAAAGAGUGAAUGUACAUGACUUGUUUUGGACCACUUUAGUUUAAAUAGGGCUUGUUGCAGUAUCGGUUCAUGAAGAUGGCCAGGCAAAUUCUUCAUCCUUAGUAUUAUGUUCUAUAAAUGUGUUCAAGUAGGUUUUUUUUUCUCUCUGACAUUGGUUUUGAUGUGCAAAUCUUAUUAAAUAUUAAGUCUGGA